AUGGCGUCAAAAGUUGACGAAUACGGCGACGGAGCCAGCGGCCUGGGCGACCUGUCUCCCGAGAUUAUCGACAUGGACAUCUUUAGCCAGCUGCUCGAGAUGGACGACGAAGAGGACCGCGAGUUUAGCAAGAGCAUCGUCUGGAACUACUUUGACCAGGCCGAAAACACGUUUCAGAAAAUGGACAGCGCGCUAGCGAGCAAAGACCUGCCGGAGCUGUCGACGCUGGGCCACUUCCUCAAGGGCAGCUCGGCCGCCGUGGGCGUCAUCAAGGUGCGGGAUAGCUGCGAGUGCAUGCAGCACUAUGGCAAGCGGCACGACGAGGACGGCGUAUCGGACCUCUCGGAGGAGGUGGCCAUGCAGAAAAUCACCCACACCCUCCAAGAGGUCAAGGUGCAGUACAAGGAGGCCGAACGCGCCCUCAAGGGUUUCUAUGAUGAGGACGACGAGGACGAGGAAGGUGAGGAGGGCGAGGAGGAGGAGGCAGACGAGGGUGGCGAGGAGCGAGAGGACGACGACGAGGCGGGAGAGGAAAACGAGGAAAAGGCAACAGACGACCACCAGGCUGCGGCGGCGGAUGAGGCGGCGUCGGCAAAGUGA